CAAAUGGGUGGAGAGCGCAAGGAUUACACUUUGGCUGAGGUAUCUGAGCAUAAUACCAAAAAAGAUUGCUGGCUUAUCAUUGAUGGCAAGGUUUAUAAUGUCACAAAAUUCUUAGAUGACCACCCUGGUGGGGAUGACGUCAUGCUGUCUUCCACAGGGAAAGAUGCAACUGAUGACUUUGAGGAUGUUGGUCACAGUAACAGUGCUAGAGCCAUGUUAGAUGACAUGUAUGUUGGAGACAUUGAUUCAGCAACCAUCCCCGCUAAGGUUAAGAACACUCCUCCAAAACAACCUCAAAUUAAUCAGGACCAGAACCCAGGGUUUAUUAUCAAGAUGCUCCAGUUUCUAGUUCCCCUGAUUAUCUUGGGUUUGGCAAUUGGUUUUCGUUUCUACAACAAAUCAACGUAG